AUGGCAUCGACCAAAUCUAAAACCUUGAAUUCAAAAAAUUAUUCGGAGAACUUAGGUGUUAACACAAAAGGUCCCAGUAAGCUUCAGAGUGAAGCCCUAAGAGAAGCCAUUACUCAAAUCACCACAGAUGCAAAAGAGAAGAAGCAUAAUUUCACUAAAACCAUUGAACUCCAAAUUAGACUCAAGAACUACGACCCAAAAAAGGACAAACGUUUUAGUGGAACAGCCAAAUUGCCUCACAUUCCUAGGCCUAAAUUGAAAGUUUGCAUGCUUGGAGAUGCCCAACAUGUUGAAGAGAUCUAUUUAGAAGUUUGCUUGGCUCUUUAUUUUCUUACUGAUGCUUUAGCACUUACAAGACAGUUGUCUGAUUAUGUUGUUUUGUGGGCAACUCUUGCAAGUAGUUAUUCACAAAAGAACUAUAGUGAAACACGCAGGGUAAUAGACAGAGGUCUUAAGGUGGUUCCACUGUUGACGAAAGUUAUUGGAUGGCUAGGAGGAAGUAUACUAGCCCUUGAGACACUAAAACGUGUGGUGGUUGCUGGAAAUAGGGCAUAG